CGCCGACGAUCUGGCCUCUACUGACAACGCUUACGACUCCGACCUUCGUCUUCCGCACCGGGAGCUUCAUUUGUCUGAUUGCAAUAUAUCCCGUCCUACAUUCCUCUGUCCUUUAAUUGUCAUGGGGCACAUCUCUGCCUGUCACUACUCUCGUUGAGUCCCGAUUGAUUUUUCUUUCCAUACUUACUUCCCUUUGACGCGGGGACCGCGUGUUCUCGGCUGGGGGUUCCCCCAUCACUUCCCCUUGAGCCAUUGAGAUCUGAGAUCAGAGAACGAUUUCACCUCGACACGGCGUUUCUGCUUCACGGUGCUCCAUCCAGACUGUCACAAUGCCCCCGAAGGCGGCAGAUGUGCUGGAGGUGAAGCCCCUCCCUCGAACGGGGCGCUCUCGCAGCCGUUCUCCCAACCCCAAGGGUAAGAAGGGCGGCGUGACAACGAAGUCCAACCAUUAUGGAUCAGACGGGGUCAAAGACAAUAAUAUCUUCCGGUUGCCCAAAUCGGACUAUAAGCUGGUGCUUGUCCUGACGGCUCUGGCUGCAAUUGUCCGCUUGUUCAGGAUCUACCAGCCAUCCAGUGUCGUGUUCGAUGAAGUCCACUUCGGUGGGUUUGCUUCGAAAUAUAUCAAGGGGAGAUUUUUCAUGGACGUUCACCCCCCGCUGGCUAAGCUCCUGAUCACCCUGGCCGGAUGGCUGGCUGGUUUCAAUGGCGACUUUGACUUCAAGGAUAUUGGCAAGGACUACCUCGAGCCCGGAGUGCCAUAUGUGGCGAUGCGAAUGCUCCCCGCUAUUAUGGGCGUUCUGACCGUCCCGCUCAUGUUCCUGACGCUGAGAGCAUCUGGCUGUCGCACAUCGACCUCUGCGCUGGGUGCUGCCGUCCUAACUUUUGAAAACGGCUUCAUCACUCAGUCUCGUUUCAUUCUCCUCGAUUCGCCUCUCAUCUUUUUCACCGCUCUCACGGCGUUGUCGUUUACUUGCUUCACCAACCAACAUGAACAGGGGCCGGCCAAAGCGUUCCGACCCCAGUGGUGGUUCUGGCUAGCUGCUACUGGUCUCUGCUUGGGUGCUACACUCAGUGUGAAAUGGGUCGGGCUUUUUACCACUGCCUGGGUUGGAUCCCUCACUGUUCUCCAGCUGUGGGUUCUGCUGGGCGAUCCAGAGACCGUUACUCCGCGUCUGUGGUUCAAACACUUUUUCGCGCGUUUCUUCUGUCUGAUCAUCAUACCCAUUGGAUUUUACGUCGGAAUGUUCUACAUCCACUUCCUGUGUUUGGUCAAUCCCGGAGAAGGUGAUGGCUUCAUGUCUGCCGAGUUCCAGGCGACACUCAACUCGAAGAGCAUGCAGGACGUCCCUGCCGAUGUCGCGUUUGGUUCCAGAGUGAGCCUCCGGCACUGGAAUACCCAGGGAGGGUAUCUGCAUUCGCACCCCCACAUGUACCCCGAUGGCAGCAAGCAGCAGCAGGUCACCCUCUAUCCCCACAAGGAUGAGAACAACGUCUUCCUUCUCGAGAAUCAGACUCAGCCCCUUGGACCGUACGGCGAAGUCCCGGGACCGUUUGCUUGGGACAACAUAACGACCGAGUUUAUUGAAGAUGGUGCUACGAUUAGAUUGUAUCACAUCAUGACCCACCGCAGAAUCCACUCGCACGAUAUCCGCCCCCCGAUCACCGAGGCAGAAUGGCAGAAUGAAGUUUCUGCCUAUGGCUACGAAGGGUUUGCCGGUGAUGCAAACGACCUAUUUCGCGUGGAGAUUGUUAAAUCCUUGUCCGACGGUGACGAGGCUAAGAAGAGGGUGCGGACGAUCCAAACCAAGUUCCGAUUGAUCCACCUCAUGACCGGUUGUGUACUAUUCUCGCACAAGGUAAAACUGCCCGAGUGGGCUUGGGACCAGCAGGAAGUGACGUGUGCCAAAGGCGCAACGCUCCCCAACAGUGUCUGGUUCAUUGAGACAAACCAGCACCCUAUGCUGGCGGAAGAUGCCGAAAAGGUCAACUACCGUGAUCCCGGCUUCUUGGGUAAGUUCUGGGAGCUGCAGAAGGUCAUGUGGAAGACGAAUGCGGGCUUGGUCGAGUCUCACGCGUGGGAUUCUCGUCCUCCUUCGUGGCCGACGUUGCUGCGCGGUAUCAACUUCUGGGGCAAGGACCACCGCCAGAUAUAUCUAUUGGGCAAUCCGGUGAUCUGGUGGUCCUCGACUGCAGCCAUCGGUGUUUACGUGCUCUUCAAGGGUAUUGCUGUCCUCCGUUGGCAGCGCGGAUACCGUGAUUAUGAUCAGGUGAAUUUCAAGCGCUUCGACUACGAAAUCGGAACGAGCGUGCUGGGAUGGGCUUUCCAUUACUUCCCUUUCUAUCUCAUGGCUCGUCAGCUUUUCCUACACCACUAUUUCCCCGCGCUUUACUUCGCCAUUAUGGCACUUUGCCAGGUAUACGACUUCAUCACCGGCCGAGUGGGCAAGUUGAAGUCUCGACCCGCCAUCGGCCAUGUGCUCAUGGCGAUCUUUCUCGGCCUCAGCAUCUUCACCUUUACUCUAUAUUCUCCGCUCGUGUACGGCAACCCCUGGACGCAGGACGCUUGCCGCAAAGUCAAGCUUCUCGAAUCGUGGGAUUUUGACUGCAACACCUUCUAUACUGACUUGAGUCAGUACCGAACCCAGUUUGUCAACCUAGGCCAAGCCGUCCCGACGAACACCGAGUACGAGCCCCCUGUACAGCACUAUCAACCGCCUCCCCAGCAGCAGCAGCAGCAACAACAACAGCAAGUACUACAGGAUGAUGCGCAUGCCAACGUAACGCCGCAGCCUGCGCGGCAGCAGGUGGUCGGUCAUGGGAAGCGCGUGGAGUACCGAGACGAAAAGGGCAACAUUCUAGACGAGGAGCUUGUGUUGUCACUCGAGAAAGAGGGUAAAGUAACGUUUGAGACGCGAUACGAGACGCGGACAAAGGUGAUCGACCAGCAGGGCCAGGACCUCUACGGCGAGGAAUCGAAGGACCGGCAUCAUGCGCCGCCACACCCUGACGUCGAAGGCCAGAAUCCGGAGACGGCGGGUCGUGGUGACGAGGUGCCGGCGCCUCAGCAACCCGCGUCAGCAGUGGGGGAAGAGAAGUCAGUUGAGGCCGCCGAUGUGCGUGAGCCCAAGCCGGCCAGCGAAGGCAAGGAGGCCACAAAGAAAACUUAGGGGGAAGUCAUGUAAACUGCAUCUUUUUUUGGACUGAGAAAGUCAUCGUUUGAUCUACAGGAUCUGAACGGCAGAACAAUUGUACACGUAGCUCUUCAUUAUUUUGGGGGAACCUUUUUUUUUUUCUUUUUAUCUUCUCUUUUCUUUUCUCCUUUUUCUUUUGCCCAUGGA